AUGCCAUUCACGCCUAUCAAUACGUCCCUGGGGGCGCUGCUUUUAUACCAGGGCUCAUACGGGCUACUGCAAAACAAUGGCCGGGUGUUCGGUAUCUCGUCUCUCCUGUCAGGCUGCGUGGGAAACCCCAACACACAAAAUGUCCCUGUGAUACUUGGAAUGGUAUCGAGCAUUGUCCCGGUCUACCUGCUGGCACCGUCACUCUUACCUCCAUAUGCUACUCCGCCGGCAACAUGGGGAGCUGCACUUGCACUCGCUGGAAUUGGUUUCCUGGUUGGAUGGGGAACGAAGAAUGGUAACGGAUGCACAUCCGGACAUAUGCUCUGUGGUAUAUCUCGAAUAUCACCACGGUCUUUCAUUGCAACUGGAAUCUUCUUUAUCACCGCACUGGUCACUGCAAAUCUUGGAAUUGGGGCGACGGUCUCGCCUCCACCAGAUGGACGCCCAGCUUACUUGCCUGUCUACCCAUCCAUAGACGAAGUUGCAUUCAUGUUCUCUACCGUUGCCAUUUCCCAGGCAUUCAAUUCAUUCCUAGUUCCAGCUCUGUUGCCCCGUUACACCAAUUCAAACGUGGUCUACAGCUGCAUUGCAGGGCUCCAAUUCGGUCUAGGCUUGCUUAUAACUGGCAUGGCGAAUCCAGAGAAGGUCCUUGGUUUCUUCCACUGGUUUGAUCCUUCCAAGUUCGAUCCAUCUCUUGCGCUUGUCAUGGUAUUCGGUGUCGGGCCCAGUCUUUUGUCUUAUUUAUAUAUGAAAACUGAAUACGGCAACGAAGAUGGUAUGAAACCACCGCUUCUGGCUGACCGAUUCAGCCUACCAACUGCUACAAUAGCAGAUAUUGAUUGGAGGUUUGUGGUUGGUUGCGUUGCGUUUGGUAUUGGAUGGGGACUGAGUGGUGUUUGCCCUGGUCCUGGAUUGCUGAGAUCGGCUCUCUCGCCGCUUUGGGGAGCACCAUGGCUCGCUGGCUUCUGGCUGGGUAGCCUCCUCGGUAUUUGA